CGACUUCUAUAGACGCUGGGAAUCGAAAACGCGCAUACGCUCAGGCUGCCACUGCACGAAGUUUGUCUCCCAGUGCACGCGCCCAAUCGAAUUCAAAGGCGACCACAGAGGACUCCCAACACCCACUUGCAUUUCGCUCUCGUCCUCUUCCGCCUUCGUCUCCUGCUCAGCAGCGCGAAGGACAACCGGGACAACUCGAUCCACGACACCCAUCGACAGUCGACGCUGCGUCUGCGCCUUCGUCCAACUUGCCGUUCCCGCUGUCGGAUAUUGUCGAAGACUACCCACUACAGCAAUUCCAGUUUGGAGCACCUGAAGACGAGGCUGUUAACCAGGUUAUACAGACGAUUGUAGAAACUAUGGCAGAUAUUUCAGCAAAGACCAUUGAUGGAACUGCGAUCGCAAAAUCGAUUCGGGACACGGUUCAACAACGAAUCACGUCUCUGAAAGAGCAAAACCCAACCUUCCCAACUCUCAAGUUGGUGAUCAUCCAAGCCGGUGAGAGGCCGGAUUCGACAACCUACGUCAAGAUGAAAGCAAAGGCAUGCAAAGAAGUACCGGCAGAAGCGACCGCUGCCCAGAUCAAAGAAAUUGUGCAAAAGCUCAAUAUCGACGAUACCGUUCAUGGCAUCCUUGUACAAAUGCCACUCGGUGAACACGUCGGUUUGGAUGGUGAGAGGGAAGUGAUGGAGAGCGUCAGCCCAUUCAAGGAUGUUGAUGGCCACUCUUCACCCCUUGCACACCAUCUGGCGUCAUCCACCUCCUCUCUACCACUGGCGUCAACCUCGCAGGAUGCCACUGUCACGCAAUGCCAUAGCAAGACGAAGAAGGAAGAUUUAUUGGCUGCGCUCAAGAAUGCGGACGUUGUCGUCUCUGCAAUUGGCAAACCAGAAUACGUCAAGGGUGAAUGGCUGAAGCCUGGUGCGGUCGUCAUCGACGUCGGCACCAACUACAUUCCAGACGAGACCAAGAAGUCUGGUCAGCGACUGGUUGGAGACGUCGACUUUAAUUCUGCCGCCUCUGUCGCAGCUCACAUCACACCUGUACCCGGCGGUGUUGGUCCCAUGACUGUCGCCAUGCUCGUAUCCAAUACCAUCAAGAGUGCUGAAAGGAUGUGGGAGUUAGAGCGGAAGAGGAAGUUGGUGCCUUUGAAGCUAGAUGUUUUGGAAAAAGUGCCUAGCGAUAUCGAAAUCGCGGUAGCGCAGACACCCAAACCUGUCACUCAGCUCGCCGCAGAAAUUGGCGUUCGACCGGACGAGUUAGAGAGCUAUGGCAAAUAUAAGGCCAAGGUCGAGCUCUCGAUUUUGGAACGACUCAAACAUAGAAGGGACGGAAAGUACAUCGUCAUUUCUGGUAUUACGCCUACUCCACUUGGAGAAGGCAAGUCGACUACUACAAUUGGUCUCGCUCAAGCUCUCGGCGCUCAUUUGGGGAGGCCCGCAUUUGCCUGUGUCCGGCAACCAAGUCAAGGGCCAACGUUCGGUAUCAAGGGCGGUGCAGCUGGUGGUGGCUAUAGUCAAGUCAUCCCCAUGGACGAGUUCAACCUCCACUUGACUGGUGAUAUCCACGCCGUCGCCGCUGCCAACAACCUUUUGGCUGCCGCCCUUGACGCUCGUAUGUUCCACGAGUCCACUCAAACUGACAAGGCCUUGUACAACCGUCUCGUUCCAACCGUCAAAGGUGUUCGGGCCUUUGCACCUCUUAUGUUCAAGCGCCUCAAGAAACUCGGCAUCGACAAGACCGACCCCAACUCUUUGACCCCUGAAGAGAUCAAUGCCUUUGUUAGGCUGGAUGUUGACCCAGCUACCAUCACCUGGAACCGCGUUGUUGACACCAAUGACCGAUUCCUGAGAAAGAUCACUGUUGGAAAGGGCGAGGCUGAAAAGGGCUUCGAGAGGGAUACCGGAUAUGAUAUUGCUGUGGCUAGUGAAUGCAUGGCAGUUCUAGCUUUGAGCACAGACUUGAAGGAUAUGCGCGAGAGACUCGGGGCUAUGGUCGUCGCCACUUCCAAACGUGGAGAGCCUAUCACGGCAGACGAUAUCGGAGUCGGAGGUGCUCUUGCGGUUUUGAUGAAGGAUGCUAUCAAACCCAACCUCAUGCAAACACUAGAGGGAACACCG